CGUACUUGUGUCACACGGUUUGUGUGCGUGUUGUAACGAGUAGAUAACAAAGAUGCCAAUAUUGUAUUCUGUGGUAUCGAGAGGUACAACUGUGUUAGCUAAAUAUGCUAGUUGUGCUGGAAAUUUCUUGGAAGUUACAGAACAGAUUUUAGCCAAAAUUUCUCCAGAAACUCCAAAACUUACCUAUUCCCAUGGGAGUUACCUCUUUCAUUACAUCUUAGAUGACUCUAUCAUUUACUUGUGCAUAACUGAUGAUGAAUUUGAAAGAUCUAGAGCAUUUGCUUUUCUCAGUGAUAUUAGACAAAGAUUCAAGACUACAUAUGGAGUUCAGGCACAUACUGCUUUACCUUAUGCCAUGAAUAGUGACUUUUCAAGAUCUCUUGCUAAUCAAAUGAAGCAUUAUUCAGACAGCAGAGAUGUGGAUAAUGUCUCAAAAGUUCAAGGAGAGCUAGAUGAAUUAAAAGAUAUUAUGAUUAAGAAUAUUGAUACUGUUGCAAGCAGGGGAGAAAGACUAGAACUGUUAGUGGACAAAACAGAAAACCUUAGUGCCACAUCUGUCUCCUUUCGGAAGACUAGCCGAGGAUUAGCUCGAUCCAUGUUGAUAAAGAACAUCAAGUUGACCAUAAUAAUCAUUAUAGUUGUCAUUAUUGCUCUCUAUAUCAUUAUCUCUGCAUCCUGUGGAGGAUUGAAUUGGCCAAACUGUGUGUGAGAGAUGGGCUGGUUUCCUAAGUUUGUAUGUUAAGUUAGAAGACUAGGAAGAGAUUCAUUCCAAGACUUUCUACUUCUGAUGUUAUUUUAAAAACAAAACAUUCUCCAUAUUUCUGGUGAGAAUCCACAAGUUAACUGAAGUUACUUACCAGAAAUGGUAGUUUAAAUAUUUCAUUCAGCUUUUUUGUAAUUGAACUUUGGUAUUAUAGAUAAUUUUGUUGUGCAUGUUUAAACUUUUAAACAAAAUGGGUGGAUACGUUACAUUUUUUUUUUUUUUUUUACAGA